GACAUCAUGUGUUGUACAGCGCGAGCUUCAACUAAAGGGUUUAGGUGGUGGUGAUGUUGGUUCUUCUGGCACGAACAGCGAGAAAAGUCUACAGAGUGAAAAAAGGGAGCUUCCAUUUCCAGUAACGGCAACAGAUGGAGGAGAUUGACCCAGCUGUUCAGGUGUCAUCACACGUGGGAUUUAAAUGUGAAGAGAUGGUUAUAAAAGAGAGUAGUAGUGAUCAGCAAGUGGAGAAUCUUUCAUUACACAGAGGACUGAUUUGUAUGAAUACCAUGGAGAAAAGUACUAUGGCCAUUAAGAAAGAGGACAGUGAAUGGGAAUCUGUGCACCUUCAGGAGGAGGGUCUUUGCAUUAAGAUGGAGGAUUGUGAAUGGCCAAUAGGCAUUAAAGAGGAAUCUGAGUUAACACUUUAUAAUAGUGAUAUGCAGGAAAAUGCGAUUAUAAAGACUGUCAAGGAGGAAAAUGUUAAGUUGGAGACUUUGGAAUGUGCCAUAGUCAAAACGGAGAAAGCAUCUUGUUCAGGUCAUACUGGAGAAGAUACAGAAGCGAGUGCCAAAGUCUCCCCAUUGAAGACCAUGAUACUGGGAACAGAGAUUUUAACACCAGCUACUGUAGAGUACAGUUGCUCUCCUGAAUGCAACAAAGAAUUCACCACUGGCCAACUUCAUAUCCACACCAACAAAAAGCUGUAUCCCCCUGCUGAUUGUGAUAGUAGCCAUCUUCGGAAAUGUGCAAGAAUUCAAACUAUAGAAAAGCCAUAUUGCUGUUUUGACUGUGGAAAACAAUUCACCACUAGUAGCAAUUUUCAAGCACACAAAAGAAAUCAUACUGGAGAGAAGCCGUACUGCUGUUCUGACUGUGGCAAACGAUUCUCAACAAGUAGCAACUUUCAGAUCCACACAAGAAUUCACACUGGAGAGAAGCCAUUUUGCUGUUCUGAAUGUGAUAAACGGUUCUCUACUAGUAGCCGUCUUAAGAGCCAUGCAAGAACUCACACUGGGGAAAAGCCAUUUUGCUGUUCUGACUGUGGCCAACGAUUUGCUGACCGUUCCCAUCUUCAGACCCACACACGAAUUCACACUGGAGAGAAGCCAUAUUGCUGUUCUGACUGUGGCAAACGAUUCUCUGUCAGUAGCCGUCUUCAAAGACACACAAGAAUUCACACAGGAGAGAAGCCCUAUUGCUGUUCUGACUGUGGGAAACAAUUCCCUGACCGUUCCCAACUGCAGACCCACACAAGAAUUCACACUGGAGAGAAACCAUUUUGCUGUUCAGAAUGUGGCAAACGAUUCUUCAGCAACAGCCAUCUUCAGACUCACAAGAAAUUUCACAGUGGAAUAAGGCCAUAUUGCUGUUCUGAUUGUGGCAAAAGAUUCUUCACCAGUAACUAUCUUCAGUCUCACAAAAUUAUUCAUACUGGAAAGAAGCCAUUUUGCUGCUCUGACUGCAGUAAGCAGUUCUGCACCAGUAGCAGUCUCCAGAAGCACACAAGAAUUCAUACUGGAGAGAAACCAUUUUCCUGUUCUCAGUGUGGCAAACGGUUCUCCACCAGUAGCAGUCUUCACACCCAUACAAGAAUCCACACUGGGGAAAGGCCAUAUGGCUGUUCUGAGUGUGGCAAACGAUUCAACACCAGUGGGCAGGUUAAGACCCACACAAGGAUUCACACUGGAGAGAAGCCUUAUUGCUGUUCUGACUGUGGCAAACAAUUUUCCAGAGGCAGCCAUCUUCAAAUCCACAGAAGAAUUCACACUGGAGAGAAACCAUUUUGUUGUACUGACUGUGGAAAAACAUUCUCCACUCGUACCAAUUUUCAGACGCACAAAAGAAUUCACACUGGUGAGAAACCAUUUUGCUGCUCAGAAUGUGAUAAACGAUUCUCUGACAAACGCAGUCUUCAGAUCCACACACGAAUUCACACUGGAGAGAAGGAGUAAGUUAGAAGGAAGGAGUAAGAAGUAUCUGAGAUAGUUACCCUCUUAACUGCUUAGAUCUGACUUCAUACUUUCAUGUGGUGAGCUUUUUUAUACAGUUACUAUGCCAAAUGUCACUGAGGCAAACCUUGUGUCAUAGUAUGAAAUAGAUCCAAAAAAGAAACACAUACCAGCUUUCACUUCUUCCCAGAACAAGGAGGUGCCUACCUCUGACUACAUAUUAAUGUAGGUGGUGAAGGUGGUAAUAAUGACUGUGAAAUAAAACUACGUAAACAUAUGUUCAAGCAAGAACAUAAGAAGGUAAGCUACUGUCCAGUAAUCAUUUGAGGACAAGCUUGUGUAUUGUUGUUUUUACACAAUGAACUCUUAAGUUUGAAAGUUCAGACAUGCCAUUGUUCUGGGAUGUGGGUGGAAUUUAGAAUAAUAAUACAGCUACCAAAAUCAAGUAUGUGUACCAAUGAAAACUAAAAAUAUUUAUUUAGAGGAAUCAAUGAAAGGAAACCAUCAACAUGCCAGAAAGUAGAAUCUUUUAGAGAAAAGGGUGAAGUGCUGAAGCCAAGCGAAAUUGGGCUUAGGAAGGAGCUUGGGAGGAAGUAGAUCUCGUAUGGUUUAGAAUUUAUGCAAAGCAUUUCUCAAAAUAAUGAUACACUGAGUAGUAAAGAGUGAGAAGUCGAGUGGGAACUUGAAGGGCUGGUAAGCACAGCAGAAGGAAAGCAACAAUGAAGACUUACGUGUAAAGUAAACUUUUCUGAAAGUGAUUCCACCACACUUCACAAAAGAAACUGAAAUGUUCAGAGGACAGAGGCACAAUACGUGUGCAAAGUCGUUUUGAGCCUGGCCUAUUAAGACAACCGAUAGUAAAAAUUAACACACUUUCUGAUGUAAUGCCAGUAUACUGUACACUUGUGAUACUGUUAGUGUGUAGUGAUGAGUGCAAUGAUUCGUUUUUUUUCUUUCAAGAAAGAAAACAAUCACAAAACAAAUGUUUCAUUUCCUGCAAAACUCAUGCCAUUCACACAAGAAGAAAGGUGUUUAAUUCCUGCCGGAGAGUGUUUUCAUGCAUUAACUCCACAUGUGUCUGCCUAUUGCUUAGUAUUUAAAUAAAGAUCUCCAAAAAAAA